AUGAUGCACGAAUAUGCCGUGAUUGGGAGACGGCUCCCCACCGAAUCCGAACCCGAGCCCAAGCUCUACCGCUUGCGCAUCUUCGCCAAGAACCCCACCGUCGCCCGCUCGCGUUACUGGUACUUCAUGAGACAGUUGCACAAGGUGAAGCCCGCCUCGGGUGAAAUCGUGUCGUUGAACGAGAUCUCGGAAGACAAGCCCACCAAGGUGAAGACCUUCGGCAUCUGGAUCAGAUACGACUCGAGAUCGGGUACCCACAACAUGUACAAGGAGUACCGUGACGUCACCCGUGCCGGCGCCGUCGCCACCAUGUACCAGGACUUGGCGGCGCGUCACCGUGCCCGUUUCAGAUCGAUCCACAUCUUGAAGGUGGUGGAAAUCGAAAACGUCGACGACAUCAAGAGACAAUACGUCAAGCAAUUGGUGGCCAAGGACCUCAAGUUCCCCUUGCCCCACCGUGUGGUCAAGAACAAGAACUUGUACGCUUACAAGACCCCCUCGACCUUCUACUAA